AUGGAUUUUAAGUUUCGAGCAUUUUUGCUUCUCCAUUUCAUGCUUUUUUACCUUCCAAUUGCAAGCUCAAAUCCGUGCCCAAGUUACAUUUGUAAGCCUUCUUCUAUGGCUUUUGCUGCUGAUACUUGCCUUUAUUAUACUAACGAAGCUUUAACUUAUUAUGCUAGAGAAUGUUCAGGUAAUAAGCUUUGCAAAUACGCUACUGGGUCUAAUAAUAAAACCUGCGAAGAUGAAACUCUUAGCUUUGGCCAUAGCUGGGUAGGUGAAAAAUGCAAAACAAAUAAAGACUGCUUUAAAGGUGUUUCCUCUGGCUGCGUUGACGGAACUUGUCAAGGAACUCCAAUGGGCCAAAGUUGUACAUCAAUCUAUCAAUGCUACCCAGGGAAUUCUUGCAUUAAUAAGCAAUGCAUUCCUCUAAUAGAAAUUGGCCAAAAAGGGUGUUCAUCUGACUUUGAUUGCGUAAACAACGGUGCCUGUAAUGUCACAUCGGGUAAUCCUCAAACUAACACUUGCUAUGAAGUAUUUUCAUUUGAGCCUCACUCUCCUGUUGGAGAUUGCAACAAUAAUCAAAGCAUGCUAUGUAAAUAUACGACCUGCGCCUUAAAUAAAGCUGAUUACAAUUAUUACUGUACAGAGAUGCUAGUCUCUGACCCAGAACCAGCUUCGCUGUGUGAUGUUAAUCAAAAUAGAUGCCCUGCUAAGCCAGACAAUUUUUUUAACCCACCUUAUGUUGCAAAUCAAUAUUGUGCGUGUGGCUACAAUUCUGAAGGAAAUUCGUAUUGCAAUCUAUUCUUAGGAGACGGUCCAGGAUUGUCUUUAUUAAGUAUUAGAGCCAAAUGGUAUUCAAGUGAAGCAAUUUUAAAAUGUAAUACAGGGAGAAGAGAAGAAUUUAACUGCAUAAAGGAUUAUUGGGACGAAAAAAACUUCAAAGCUUACUAUUAUUGGACAACAUAUUUCCAGGAAUAUAAUUAUAUAAUAGGAAGUGAAAAAUGUGUGCUAAAUACAGCAGAUUCUAGUUAUGUAUAUGCUAAAAAGUUGUAUGAUGGAGAGGCUGGAGAUAGUGGAGAUUCUGAUGAGAAUAGCUCAGGGGGAAUUUUGGGAAUUUCUUUAUUAAUUGGAAUUUUCCUUCAUUAA